GAGAGACUAGUAAAGCCCGUGAACAACUCUACCUCGAGCUGGAUUGAAGUUGACCAUGGCAUCUUCUUCAAAAUCAACUUUGGCCGCUGGCAAGGUCGCAGAGCUCCAACAGGAAGGCGACUUUGCCAUCAAAAGCGAAGCUGUCACCCCGACUCUGGAUACUUCACAAUGGCCUCUGCUUCUUAAAAAUUACGACAAACUUCUGGUCAGAUCCUCUCACUUCACUCCCAUUCCCACCGGUGUCUCCCCUCUCAAGCGAGAUCUGCAGACUUACAUCAAAUCUGGUGUGAUGAACCUCGACAAACCAUCCAACCCAUCCUCUCACGAAGUCGUAGCUUGGCUGAAACGGAUUUUGAGAGUCGAGAAAACUGGACAUUCCGGAACCCUUGACCCCAAAGUCACCGGUUGUCUGAUCGUCUGUAUCGACCGAGCGACACGAUUGGUCAAGUCACAACAAGGCGCAGGAAAGGAAUACGUCUGUGUUGUUCGAUUUCACGAUACACUUCCCGACGAAAAGGCUUUGCCGAGAGCUUUGGAGACUUUGACCGGUGCCUUGUUUCAGCGACCUCCCUUGAUCUCCGCUGUCAAGCGACAACUUCGAGUCCGAACCAUCUACGAGUCAAAAUUGCUGGAGUUUGACAAUCAGAGAAAUCUUGCUGUCUUUUGGGUCUCUUGCGAAGCUGGAACCUACAUUCGAACGCUAUGUGUCCAUCUCGGAUUGCUCCUUGGUGUCGGUGCCCAUAUGCAGGAACUGAGACGAGUUCGAAGUGGUAUCACUGGAGAGAAUGAUGACAUUGUCACCAUGCACGAUGUUCUGGACGCUCAAUGGCUUUACGACAAUACGCGUGAUGAAUCCUACCUCCGCCGAGUGAUCCGCCCUCUCGAAUCCCUCCUCACCAACUUCAAACGUAUAGUCGUCAAGGACUCUGCUGUCAACGCCGUCUGCUAUGGAGCCAAGCUCAUGAUCCCCGGUCUUCUGCGAUACGAAGCCGACAUCGAUGUUCACGAAGAGGUUGUCUUGAUGACGACGAAAGGAGAAGCCAUCGCUAUUGGAAUCGCCAUGAUGUCCACUGUUGACCUUGCAUCCUGUGACCACGGUGUCGUCGCUAAAGUCAAACGGUGCAUCAUGAACAGAGAUCUCUACCCUCGACGAUGGGGUUUGGGACCUAAAGCUCAGGAGAAGAAGAAGAUGAUCCAAAAGGGCGAGUUGGACAAGUAUGGUAAAGCCAUCGAGGGUGUCACUCCGGAGAACUGGAAGAAAGGAUAUGUGGACUACAAUGCGGCGGAUGGCGGUGCUCCGAGCGGCAGCGAGGCCGGAUUACUACCGACCCAGCCAGCUCAGAUUGCGGAGGUGAAGAUGGAUGGCGAGGAAGAGGUCGAGAAGAAGAGAAAGAGGAAGAGCGAAGGUGCUGCCGAGGUCAAGGUUGAAGGCAGCGUCGACGGGGAGAAAAAGAAGAAGAAAAAGAUCAAGGUCGACGAAUCUGGUGUUGAGCGCGAAGAGACAGCCGAAGAGCGUGCGGCUAGGAAAGCUGCCAAAAAGGCCAAGAAGGAGGCCAAAGCUUAGGUGUGAGGCAAUACCGACCACUUAGAAAUGGCGGGAAUUGUCAGGUUAGGGACGGUGGACGGAUGCCCUCCAAACU